GAACCGAUCCUUUUUGGAACCUAGCAGCAAGGCUUCAAUCCUUUCCGAUUUUCUGCUUUUUCAAACGGUGGACAGGUAUUUGAAAAACGUGCUUCCUCUCCCUUACUUUCUUUCCACUUAGUUUCUAGUGCUCCAAACAGGCGUAAGAGUUAGGAUUAGGAAUAAGGGCUAGAGAAAAAGACAUGUUUUAAUAUUCCCUCGAUAAUGUAAUGCCAUUUCCUUACUCAACCCAAUCAAUCAUUCUCCUCUCACUUUCUAAUUCCAACGCCAUCCCAUCCUUCUCAGAUCUAACCAUCUCCCCCCACAAAUAAAACAAACAAAAAAUAACCCAAAUUUAUUCAUUAUUAUUCUCUUUCUUUCUAAAUCUAAAUGCACACACUAUGCCCAAUCUCCACAAAUUCAAGCUCUUAGCCUCACAAUGUGCCGUCGCCGGCAGUCCCACUCGCAGUCCAACCACCAGUCCCGUCAUCCACCUUCGCCGCCGUAAAACCCUCCGCAUGUUCCUCACUCGACCUCAUGACCGCCGUCGUUUCCAUCCCCCUCCCCUAGAUCCACCGGAAUCUUCCUCCGACGAAGUCAAAGUCCGCCACAAGCUUAAAGACCUCUUCGUUUCCUCGCCAUCUCCGCCGCCGACGCUCCAAGAUGAGAAGAACAGCUUCCAACAGCAACAUCAGCAGCACGAUCUGAAAGAUGGACUCCUAUCUGGCUCCACCGUCGGCGUUCGAUUCCGAACUGGAUCUCCGUUCCGUCGAGCUUCCACCGUCUCGGCUCUCCGACCGAUAUCGUCGGCGUUCCGAUACAGGUUACUGAGAAGAGCAUGGCGACCGGUUCUUUUCACCAUCCCUGAGUAGCAGUUGCGGUUUCUCUCUUUCUCUACUGUCAUAACUGUACGGAUGAGUUCAAUUCCGAAUUUUAUUUUAUUUUUUGAAUUUUUGGAGAAAUAGUAUUAGUAAUAAAAUAUUAAUAAAAUUUGUCAAAUAAUAGAAUACAAAAAUAUCAAUAAUCACGUUCGGUUUUAGCUGCUAACAUGCGCAGCGUGCGUUUGUGUACAUCGUGUUUUGCUGAAUAGGUAAAUGGGAGCGCUUUAAUGUACUUCGUGGUUUGCUGAAUUUUGUGCAUUUGAUGGUUCAUUUCUUUUAA